AUGCCAUUGGACUAUCUCCGAGAUUCCAAUGUGGACCUGGAGAACAUGCUAGAAAAAUUAGGGAUCCCAAAGAAAAAGGACUUCCUCAUGCAGGAACCCCUGGAGAUAGAGUUCAAAGAGCAGUCAGGAGAAAUGCUUAUUGCUCUAAUCACAACAGGGCAAACAAACCCUUCAAGUUUGAAUCUAUGUGGUGUAGACUUCCUCCCUCUUGUGGAGGACCGUUUUGAUGCUAGGCUUGAUAUUCUGGAAGCUACUUAUGUCUUUACCAACAGAGUAACUGACUGGAAUAAACAUGUCUUUGGCAACAUCUUCCAUAGUAAAAGGCAUAUCCUUGCGAGACUUUCUGGUAUUCAGAAGUCCAAUGCCUGCCCCUUUAGCAUCUUCCUUCAGGAGUUGGAAGCCAAGCUCCAACAUGACUUUUAUACCAUUCUAAAGAUUGAGGAAGACUUCUGGAAGCUUAUAUCCAGAAUUAGUUGGUUGAGUGAGGGUAAUGCUAACACCAAAUUCUUCCAUAUAUCCACUCUUAACAGAAGAAGGAGGAACAUGAUCAUGUCCUUCAAGGAUGAGGUAGGAACAACAGUCAGAAUCCCCAGGACAUUAAAGACAAUCAUCAACUACUUCACUAAAAUCUAUACCACUGAACAUCACAACUCAGUGCUGAACAGGAUUCACAUCACUGAUAGUACUAAUAUACUGAAUACCAGGGAGCAAGACACCAUUGACUCCACAUUUAGGCUCUCUGAGAUCAAGUGUGCCUUGUUCUUCUUCAAGGCCAUGAAGGCACCUGGGCCUGAUAACCUCCACCCUUUCUUCUACAAGAAGUACUGA